AUGUUCCGCCGUGUCUCGAUGAAGGCCCCCACGGCCCCCGCUGCCGUCGGGUUUUCGUUCCUGGGCUACCAUACCCUUCCCCAUCUUCGGUACCCGGCCGAUUUACCGAAACUCGGCUUCAACUGUGAGGAUGGCAUCAAGCCCGUCAUGAGCCCCCGUCAGUUGGAGCUGCACUACACGAAGCACCACCGCGCGUACGUGGACAAGUUGAACACGCUCGGCGACGGCUGUGAGGGGAAGAUGAUUGAGGAGAUCAUCUUGGAGACCAGCGGUAUCAAGGAGAAGAAGGUCAUGUUCAACCAGGCCGCCCAGCACUUCAACCAUUCCUUCUUCUGGAAGUGCCUGACGCCUGGUGGCAGGCCGAUGCCGAAGACGCUCGAGGAUGCCAUCGCGAAACACUUCGGAAGUGUCAAGGACUUCAAGGUUACCUUCCAGCAGUGCGGGAUGAACAACUUUGGCUCUGGCUGGACGUGGCUCUGCGUCGACCCCCAGACAAAGCAGCUUCGCAUCGACAACACAAGCAACGCGGACUGCCCGCUGACCUCUGGCUUGCGCCCCAUCUUCACAGCUGAUGUGUGGGAGCACGCCUACUACAAAGACUUCGAGAACCGUCGCGCGGACUACCUGAAGGAGCUCUGGCAGAUCGUCGACUGGGAGUUUGUCUCCCAGAUGUACGAAAAGGCCACGAAGUAA